AUGGAGCAUGAAUUAUUUGAAGAUCUCGGCUUGUCCAUAGCUGGAAUUGGGGUGCAGUACCCGCCUCACAUGCUUGGACCAGAAGCACUCAGUACCCUCAGUCACAAAUUUUACCCCGGGACCCCAGCGAUGAAGAAGCUCCUUUCUAUCAACAGAUUCACCGGUAUUGACACUCGAUCCUCAAUAGGCACGGCAAAUCACCCGAUCGUCAACCAGAAGCAUCCCCCAACAGUGUCAGAGCUACAUCAAGUCUUUGUGGACGAAGGAGUUCCUUUGGCUAUAGCUGCGGCGCGCCAAGCGAUCAACGAAGCGGGAAUCCACCUGGACGAAAUCACCCAUAUUGUCUCGACGACUUGCACGGAUAAUUCAAAUCCAGGAUUCGACACACUAGUCGUCGAGGGACUCGGACUACAGCAACAGGUAGAGAAGGUUCUUCUGCAGGGAGUCGGCUGCAGCGGGGGACUUGCCGUGCUGCGAACGGCGGCAAACCUGGAUCUAGGUAGAACGGCUCGGCGAAGACCAGCAAGGAUAUUAUGUAUCGCGCUCGAAGUGUGUACAACACUGGUACGUAGCGAGCUGGAUAGCGUUCACGAGCUUCAGGAAACGAGGAUUGGGGCUGCGCUUUUCUCGGACUGUGCCAGUGCCAUGGUUCUCUGUAACGACAUUGGCGGCUCGACCAAUUUGGUGUACGAGCUUUUAGGCUGGGAUCACCGUAUUAUACCUGAUACAGCAGAUCACCUACGCUUCGAUGCUGACCCUCUUGCAAUAACCUGCUCUUCGUUACCUCCUAUCAUAUCUGACCUACUUGCGUCAAUACCAUCAAUUCCGGAACACGAAAAGAAUGCGCUCAAUCUUGAAUGGGCUGUUCAUCCUGGGGGUCUGACGAUCCUUACGGGGAUCGAGAGGGUGCUAGGCAUCACGCCUCAGCACCUGCGGGCCAGCUACUACACAUACAUUCAGAACGGCAAUUCUAGUUCCGCUACCAUAUGUAGCGUCCUGGAUAGACUGCGAACAAAUGCCAUGGACGUAGAGGCGCCUGCUUCAGGGCCGGCGGACUACGUCAUGGCAUGUGCUUUUGGACCUGGUAUCGCCGUCGAGUUCCUCUCAACUAUCAAGGGCGACCUAGCCAACAUCACAGCUCCCCCCUCGUUCCUAGCACCAUGUUCCGUAGUGGAAAACCCUCGAUGCUGGGCUGAACGACCAGAUGUCUUCGUAGCUCCUACUCUCGAAGCAUCAAGUGCGAAGCGCAGUCUAUUAGUGCUGCGAAUGUUCCUCAUCGGCUUACGUCGUCAAUUAUAUAUUGGGGGUGGACCAGGCACCAGCAUUCGUAAACCGCUCAAUGCAUUCUUGGGAGAGGUUUAUCUUUCCUCCUGGGACUCUAGCGUGGAUGGACAGGAGACUGCUACAACAAACCUCGUCUCGGAACAAGUUAGCCAUCACCCGCCCAUUACGGCUAUGCAUAUCGCGAGUGAUACACACGGUAUUCGCGCUGAUGGAUAUGCUCGCGUGGAAAUGAAGUUCUCUACCACAUUAAAGAUCCGCCAGAUUGGCCACACUAUACUUCACAUAGACAGAUUUGAUGAAGACUAUCUACUUCCGCUCCCUGACGUACAAGUACGCGGGUUUCUUUCGGCAUGCCUUUAUCCAGAGAUUCGGGGCACGUACUUCAUCCCGUCGACCUCUGGAUAUGUUGCCGAAUUGAGGUUCAGCGAUGGUGGUUUACUCAGCGGUCAAAGUAACAAAUUUGAAACAAAAGUCUAUCAUACCGAAGACAAAACAAAGGCGCCAGUAUACACAGUGGAGGGCAUCUGGAGUCAAGGCUGGACUGUCAAGGAAAGCUCCACGGGCCUGGUGCUGGAGGUCUACGAUGUCGAGGAUGCAGACGCGAACCUCAACAGCCGACAAGAUGACACCGACAUAGAGCAGCAAGAUGAAUGGGAGUCCAAUAAAGCUUGGCACCAAGUGCUGUAUAGCAUUCAACAGGGUGAUCUAGAAGCUGUCUCCAAAGCCAAAAAUGCCCUAGAACAAGCACAACGCCGCAUGAGGAAGGAGGAGAAGGCUAAAGGGAAAGGGUGA